AUGACAUUGUUAGACCUCAAAUGCUUGGCUGCAGACACUCUGGCAGCGUAUGGGAUGAGCGAACAGUCCCGUAUAGAUGAACGAGGCCUGCAGGAAAUCUGCCCUACCAUGAUACAGCAGCUGGACUCACAAGUGUGCAAGACCCAACAGGACCAAGAGUCAGAGACCAGCCCCAGACCCACUGACGCUGAGGUGUGGGGUUACUCAGUUUUGAGUGUGACUCUGAUUAGUGCGUUCGCUUUGACUGCUGUUUUUGUGGUGCCCCUGAUGAGGACGCGGUUCAUGCACAGGACACUCAUCUAUUUCAUCGCUCUGUCCAUCGGAACGCUGUUCUCCACCUCCAUCCUGCAGCUCCUGCCUGAGGCCUUCGGAUUCAACCCCAUGGAGGAUUAUUAUGUGCCCAAGUCUGCUGUCGUGUUUGGAGGAUUCUACCUGUUCUUCUUUACAGAGAAAAUCCUGAAGAUGAUCUUAAAGCCAAAGGACAGGGGAGGGCAUGGCCACGGCCACAGUCACUUUCCUGCGGCGCGCUAUGCCAGCUCUAAUGGCGAUUUGGAGGAUGGUGUGAUGGAGAAACUGCAGAAUGGAGAGGCUGGCGGAGCAUCUUUACCCAGAGCCGAAGGAGAUGUCAGAGGACUCGGAGAAGACGACAAAAUGCUCAGCACUGGCCAGACAGUACAGGACUCUCAGAGUUCGGGUGGAUGUUAUUGGCUGAAGGGCAGGGCGUACUCUGACAUCGGCACUCUGGCGUGGAUGAUCACUCUGAGCGACGGUCUGCAUAAUUUCAUCGAUGGUUUGGCUAUCGGAGCCUCCUUCACUGCUUCUGUGUUUCAGGGCAUCAGUACGUCGGUGGCGAUUCUGUGUGAGGAGUUUCCACACGAGUUGGGUGAUUUUGUAAUCCUGCUAAACGCUGGCAUGAGCAUCCAGCAGGCGCUCUUCUUUAACUUCCUGUCAGCGUGCUGCUGUUAUCUGGGCAUGGGCUUCGGCAUCCUGGCUGGGAACAACUUCUCUCCUAACUGGAUCUUUGCUCUGGCCGGAGGCAUGUUCCUCUACAUUGCGCUGGCUGAUAUGUUUCCGGCGAUGAAUGAGGCGAGUCGUGAGGAAGAGGAGGCCGGAGGAAGUGGCUCUCUGUUAACUUUUGCCAUCCAGAACGCAGGGCUGCUCACAGGGUUUGCCAUCAUGCUUGUCCUGACCAUCUACUCUGGACAGAUACAGCUUGGAUAGCAGAGGACCUAAAUACAAACUCGGACACUAAAGGACUAUCUCAGCACCUGGACUUCAAUACGAGCCAGCUGUGCUUGUUUUCAAACUUGUGCCCAGCUGGACUAGGUCAUGACAUACAUUGACAUGUUUGGGCUCCAAGUAAACCCUGGACUUAAAAUGAGGCUAGAAUUGACUGACCUGUGAACUUUGCUUUAGAUUCGUCCAAAACCCAGGACCUAUUGAUGGAUGUGCUGCCAUUCGUCUAGUUUAGGCCUUCUCACGUUCUUUUGCCUCAAAAGCUUUAGGACACAGUGAUGUCCCUAUAUACAUACACAUCAGGGCAUUUUUGCAUUGAUUUUUAAUGUUCUCAUUAUUUAAUUUUCAACAACAUGACUCUUUCCCUCAGAGACGGGCCUGACCAUGAGCUUUAGACUGGAUGAAACUUGACUGACAUUUACAUUUUUAAAUGUAGGUUUUUCACUAUGCUUCAUACCUAAUGUUUGUUUAUUCAAAAGAAAAAUUGUAAAACAAAAUAAUACCAGUUGCCUAGAGACAAGAUAUAGAUAUAGACUAGUUAGUUAGCCCUCAUAAUGCUAGUAAACUGAACAUUAUGUAGGUCACUUUAAUCAAAGGUUACUGUGCACUGUUGCGUAAGUAGAUUUUAUUUUGGAUACAAAGCAGUGUCUGUUCACUAAUAUAUCCCUGUUUGAUUUUCCCCCUCAAUGCCAUUCCAUAAUAGCAAGCGAAAACAGUAGAUGCUUGAAACUUUAAGGCACUCAUUCUUUUGUUAUUGAUGGUUUUUAUUUGAUGUCUUUAACAAAAAAGCAGAGACCAAGUUUCUUCCAGAAAAUUUUCCUUUAACUUUUAUCUUUCCGUUAAUGUGACCAGAAUAAGUGGCGCAUGCUUUUAAAAAUACCCUCCUAUUUUUUUUUUUUGUACUUCGUAUAACCUUGCGUAUUAAUUGA